CCACUCGAGUUCACUAUAGUCUGCUGUAAUCACUGUAUCCAAACUGAUCCAAACGAGUUCGAAUUAAUUCGAAAUUAAAAACUUGCAAAAUGUCGAAGAUGGUCUCAAAAGGAAGUAAGAUGAUGAACAAGGCGUUGCCGAAAGUAGAUCAUUCUUCAAAACUAUUUGUAGAAAUUCCUGCGGGAUUAGCAAAUCCUAAACCACCACUUGGAUCACAACUCGGACAGAGAAAUAUAAAUGUAGCAAAUUUUUGUCAAGAUUUUAAUAAAAAAACUGCUCAUAUAAAGGAGGGUAUACCCUUACCAACUCGUGUCGAAGUAAAAGCCGAUGGCACUUAUAAUUUAGUAAUCCACCACCCACCAGCAACGUAUUUCUUGAAACAGGCAGCUGGAAUAGAAAAGGGACAAAUGUGCAAAGAUGAAGUAGCAGGUAAAAUAACGUUCAAGCAUUUGUAUGAAAUUGCUUGCAUCAAAUCACAGGAUCCACCUUUAGCAUUAAUGACCUUAGAACAGGUCUGCUGUAUGCUUAUUGGUAUCGCUCGAACUUGUGGCAUUCAAGUUGUCCGUUCUCUAGAUCCAGUAGAACAUGCAGAAUUUAUGAAACUGAGGCAAGAAAAUGUCGAGAAAAUCAUAGAAGAAAGGCGAUUGACUAAAGAGACUAAAAUGCUUAGGACAGUUUAAACUGAUACAUUGAAUUAUUUACUUUGUUAACAUGAGUGUAAUAAAUAGAAGUAUCAUGGGAUAUAUUUAAGUUAGCUAUCAAA